GCAAAGAGGAUGCUUUAUGCCUUAUUCGUGAUCCAAGUGGUCAACCUAUUGUCAACACCUGUCCAUACUUUUCCAGAGUCUCUAACUUAUGAUUUAUUCUUUAACCGCACAGAGCAUAGUGUCGACAGAACAGCACCGGAUACAUCGGCCGGUUUUUUGACGCGAGCAGUGGGUAAUGUGGUUCGCCUCCUGCCCCCCGUGCGCAUUGGCAGUCGCCAACAGGGAUGCGUCGGUGGCACCCGCUGUCAGUUUUUCGCAUUCUGUUGGGUUUCGGGCGGUUCGUUGGGUGCCUCGUGUGGUCCACUUCAUACAUGUUGUGUCACUCCAAGCAGUCAAGACAUUCAGCCCCAGUAUUGGGGACCCGUCAUCAAUGAUCCACACUGCGGCAAAAGCGCGGCCAGAAUUAGCCGAAUCGUUGGAGGAAAUGAUGCCUCAUUUGGACAGUUCCCGUGGCAGGCCUUUGUCCAGGUCGGUGGCAGCCGUUGUGGGGGAGCACUCGUUGGUCCGGCACAUGUAGUAACAGCGGGUCAUUGUGUGGCCAGAUCUCAACACAACCCUAACAGCAUCCGAGUAACUCUUGGAGAUUAUAUUCUUCACUCUGAGAUCGAGAGCUUACCUCAUGAAGUGUUUACUGUUCAAGAAGUGAGACUUCAUCCAAAUUUCCGAUUCACACCACAAGCAGAUCGCUAUGAUGUGGCUGUCCUCGUACUCGACCGACCCGUUGCUUACAAAGAUAAUAUCAGACCUAUUUGUUUGCCACAAAAAGAUGUUGGCUUUUUAGGCAGAAUGGCAUAUGUGGCCGGUUGGGGGGCUCUACAAGCAGGUUCAAAAUUACGACCAAAAGUGUUACAACAUGUACCGGUGCCGGUCAUUGAAAAUGAAAUAUGCGAGGGAUGGCAUCGACAAAGAGGUAUCAAUAUUAGGAUAUACGACGAAAUGAUGUGUGCGGGCUAUGAGUUUGGUGGUCGUGAUGCCUGUCAGGGUGAUUCGGGUGGACCACUCAUGUUAAAUGAUUUUGGCGUUUGGUAUUUAGUUGGUAUAGUAUCAGCCGGUUAUUCGUGUGCCAAACAAUAUCAACCCGGGAUUUACCAUCGGGUCAGCAGUUCAUCUGAUUGGAUAUCAGCCAAUGUUUACAAAAAUUAA